CCACCCUUCCAGGAGUGGCACGGUCAGUACCGCCCAUUAUUUACGGGCUAAAACGCUCUGAUGAUUCAAUGCCUAGGCUACGUCUACACUCUGCGUCUUCUGUCGCUUGCUGCGAGCUCAUAAAUUCCUCGGCGCAAACAUCGACUCCAUCCUCUCAGGGUCACCAACUCGCCCACCCUUCGCCCACCAUUCCUGCCGUAUCUCGAAAGAACAGAUCAUGGAAUUUUGCACAUUGACUCACCCUGCGCAUGCUCCUCCGUCGCAAGCCGAGGUCGUCUCGUUCCCGUUCGUGCCACCCGUUCAUCACUUGCCCGUCGAAUUGCUCUCCAAGAUCUUCGUGGAACUCAGCGAGGCUCAGGUGGAUUUGUCUUGCAAGAAGUCGUGGCCAUGCUUCAUGCCCCAUAUGAUGGCCACUACAGCUGCUUGUGUAUGCAGGCGGUGGCGUGCAGUCGCACUCGACACAGCGGACCUCUGGACGUACAUUUUCAUCGGACCCGAAACGCGCCAUGUCGAGGCGCUCAUUGAUACAUGUGUCGCUCUCUCGAGAGAUGCCGGACUAUACAUCUUCUGCGAUGCUCAGUCGCCUGCGCCACUUACGCGGCUUCUUCAUCACUGCGCGCGAUGGGUCAGCCUGACCAUCACGGGCCUUGCAAACUAUGAUCUCUCCUUCCUCGCCGAUCAGCGCUACACCUUCGAAGUGCUGGAUUAUGUGGGAAUCAAGAGGUUCGACGAGAUGAAGCCGGGCACGCUCUCCUUUCUCAGCAAUGCCCCUCGGCUCACGGAGCUCGACGUUUUCUUCGUCGGGGCUGAUUUCGUCGACCCUCGACUGCCCAUCAUAACCAGCAUGGAGUUAUUUGAGCUCACGACUCUGGACCCUUGCCACUCUUCUAUUGCCUUGAGCGUCUUGACUCAUUCACAUGCUACACUGACAGAUGUCAGGCUGUCCUUUCCGUUCCCUGAAGCGGGUUUGCAGUAUUCUGGUCCCCCGAUAUACAUUCCCAAUCUCCGGACCCUCCACGUUAUCGACACGUCUCUCUUGCUUCUGCCCUUCAUCGUUGCGCCACAGCUCGGUACCCUCCUGAUGGACUUGGCUGGAGAAGUCAUGCUGGCGUCGUACCCCUUUGAUUCUCUCCUCCACUUCCUCUCUUCUCCGCAAAACAAACCUUGUGCACUGAAAUUUCUCCAAAUAUCGUCUUUGCAUCUGGAGCUUGACGAGGAAGAUAGUCGAGGCCUCUUGAGAUGCCUCGCUUACGCGACGAGUUUGAGAACUCUCGUCGUCACCGUCAGGCGGUCGCCAUUUGCGGUCAUGGAUGAUGGAGAGUCUUCUCUAAACGAGAUUCUACUUCCAGGCCUCAGGAUCGAGACCGACAGCAGCACUUUUCUCCUACCGAGGUUGCGAAACCUCCACUGGUUUUUCGAUGAGGACCCUCGAGGACUACCAUCCGCCGCGGUCGUCGCUCACCGUUCCGCUCUCCUGGAAGUUGCUCGCUCCAGGAUGAAGCCUCGGUCCUUUUUCGGGCAAGACGUCGUUGCGCUACGGUGCUUUUGCACGCACUUGGAGUUUCCCGAGCUCGGACCAGAAGUACGAGGAGGUGUUCGUGUGUCAGGAACUAAUAUCUGCGAGCAUACGUACUUGGGUAAGUAUGUCCAUAGCGAGGAGGCAUAACGUACUUAUGUGCUGUAUUCCAUCGCGCGCACGACUCUCCGGAUGAGAAGACGAUACGAGUGCUUUGUGUAGAUCAUUCGCAGGUCGUUGCUGGAGAAAAUGAGCACAAUCUUUACAUUUGCUACUCGACGGUCGACGGCGCUAGCACGCUCGUCUCUCUACAUAUCUAUGGAACAACAGCU